UCCGGUGAGUACCUGCUGCCGGGAGGAAGCGCCGCUUUGUUAUGAGCUGGAGGAAGAGGAGGUCGCCCAGCCCAGGCUCCGAUCGCCGGUUCCCGGGGACAGAGAGAGAAAGGAGGCGGAGAGAAAGGGGGGAGGAGGAGGAAGAGGAGGAGGAGGAAGGAGACGGUGCGGCUUAGAUAACGGGAGGGCUGCUGUAAUGGCCGCGAAGUCGGACGGGGUGCUGAAGAUGAGAAGGGGCGAUGUGGCGUUCACGCCCCUCCAGGAUUGCGAUCAGUCGCAGGGGAUGGUCCAGGGCUCGCAACCGGGCUCCGGAGCACCAGAGGGCGACUUGGUGAGCGGGGAGCCGCGCUGCUGUGGAUCGUCCUCGGCGUGCCUGCGCUUGGGGAGGCAGCAGCGGGACUACUCGGUGUGGGACUGCCUAUGGAUCCUUGCCGCCGCCGCGGUGUAUCUGGCCGACGUGGGCACCGACGUGUGGCUGUCGGUGGACUAUUACCUCCGUCGUGAUUACUGGUGGUUCGGGCUCACGCUCUUCUUCGCGGUGCUCGGUUCCUUCUCGGUCCAGCUCUUCAGUUUCCGAUGGUUCGUGCACGACUUCGGCUCGGACCGCAGCGCCGGUGCCGCCGCCGACCGCCCUCACACGGACGGUAAGGUGCUGAGCGCCUCCGCCUCGCACGGAGACAUGGACUCCCACCCAUCCGCACCUCAGGCGUCCAGCACCACCGCGAGCAUCAGCGACCAUGCGGCCAGCAAGAAGAGGUCCUGCUCCUUCUGCAUUUGGCUUCUUCAGUCCAUCAUCCACAUCCUGCAGCUGGGUCAGAUCUGGAGGUAUUUCCGCACCAUCUACCUGGGAGUGAGGAGUCGCCGGAGCAGGGUGAACGACCGCUGGCGCUUCUACUGGCGAAUGGUGUAUGAAUAUGCCGACAUCAGCAUGCUGCACCUGCUGGCCACCUUCCUGGAGAGCGCCCCCCAGCUGGUCCUCCAGCUCUGCAUCAUCAUCCAGACGCACAAGCUGCAGGCCCUGCAGGGUCUGACAGCGGCCGCCUCCCUCGUGUCCCUGGCCUGGGCGCUGGCCUCCUACCAGAAGGCCCUGAGAGAGUCUCGCGAUGACAAGAAGCCGGUCAGCUACCUGGCGGUGGUGAUCACCUUCUGCUGGCACUUCUUCACAGUGGCGGCGCGCGUGGUCACCUUCGCCCUCUUCGCCUCCGUGUUCCAGCUUUACUUCGGCGUCUUCAUCGUGCUGCACUGGUGCAUCAUGACCUUCUGGAUCGUCCACUGCGAGACCGAGUUCUGCGUCACAAAGUGGGAGGAGAUCGUCUUCGACAUGGUUGUUGGCGUCGUCUACAUCUUUAGCUGGUUCAACGUCAAGGAGGGCCGCACGCGCUACCGGCUCUUCGUCUACUACCUGGUGGUGCUGCUGGAGAACGCCGCGCUGAGCACCCUCUGGUACCUUUACCGGCUGCCCUCCAGCACUGACGCCUUCGCUAUUCCUGCCCUUUGUGUCAUCUUCAGCAGCUUCCUCACCGGCGUGCUCUUCAUGCUCAUGUACUACGCCUUCUUCCACCCUAAUGGACCACGAUUCGGCCGUUCGCCAAGCUCCGCCCUCGAGGAGCCAGUUGGGGGCGGGGCUGCCGCUUCGCCACCGCCACCUGAGGGGGCCACUAACUCCCUGAGGGCAGGGCAGAUGCGGGGGGCGUCCUCAAUGGACAUCAAGUACACCGAGAGGGACGGCUGUACGCCCGUGUUCCAGGUGAGACCGCUGGCCACGCCCACAACAUCCUCCCGCCCCCCACGGAUAGAGGAGACUGUGAUAAAGAUAGACCUCUUCCGGAACCGCUACCCGGCCUGGGAGAGGCACGUGCUGGACAGGAGUAUACGCAAGGCCAUCCUGGGUUUUGAAUGUUCCCCGGCACCCCCUAGGCUGCAGUAUAAGGACGACGCCCUGGUCCAAGAACGCCUGGAGUAUGAGACCACGCUGUAGUCACCAGAAGGCUUGGAAAAAAAUCAAAAGCAGAUGAUCGACCUGGGUUAACAGCAGGACUGUGGCAAUAACUAGCUGUCCCUGAAGGGGGCGCUCACCCGUGCCGUUUGUGGUGUUGAUUUGUCAGACCACAAUUCAUUUCUG